GGUUUAUUUGUUACCCUAAAAACAUAAUGAUUUUUGAAAUACGCUGUCAGUGGACAUUGUCGUUUCGGCUAAGCAUGACGGGAAAUCUGCAAGUUUCCAGGAAAAUAAGAUGUCUUGGAGUAUUUUGUUUUGUUUGUGCGUAAUCGUGGGAGUUGGAGAAUGCCAAAUAUUUCCUUCUUUAAUGACUAAUGCCACUAUGGCGAUUGUAAUAGACAAGGAAUAUCUCGGUGAUGACUAUGAUAAUUUUAGAAACAAAAUUGAAGAAUUUCUAGAAUAUGCUAAAAGAGAGAUUUUGAGGCACGGCGGAAUCUAUAUUCAAAUGUUUGCAUGGCCUGCUAUAAGUAUUAAAAGAGAAUUUUCUGCUUUGUUAAGCAUAACAUCCUGUAAAGAAACGUGGAGAUUAUAUAGGGCGGCAAAAAGGGAAAAUUUAUUGCAUAUCGCCAUUUCAGAACACGACUGUGCUCGGCUACCCCAGAAUAUGGCUAUAACAAUUCCAAUAAUUGAGACAGGACAAGAAACUCCUCAGCUUCUCUUAGAUCUUAGAACAAACAGACUGCUUAAUUGGAAACAUACCGUUAUCAUUUAUGAUAAUUUCAUAACAGACGAUCUUUUGACCAGGGUUAUAAAAGUAUUAACAAAACGGACCAGUCAAGUCAGUUCAGCAGGAAUCUCUUUGAUGAGUCUGUUUACAAAUGCAUCGGCUUUCUAUGACGAUAUUAAUGGAGUUGUGAGAUCAAAGUUAGCUGGGUUAAGUGAGAAUAUGCAAGAGAGCCACUUUAUUGCUAUUGUAGCCUAUGAAUUGGUGGAAAUAAUUAUGACAUUUGCAAAAGAGCUAAAGUUAACCAACGCACAGACCCAGUGGCUAUAUGUGAUAUCAAAUACCAAUAGCAAAGUUAAAACUUUAAAAAGGCUUAAGCAAUUUAUAAUGGAAGGCGACAACGUUGCUUUCAUUUACAAUAACACUUUGAUAAAUGGGACUUGCAAUGGAGGUGUAGCUUGCCAUAUUGAAGAAACAUUAACUGGAUUUAUGAAAGGUUUAGACGAUGCGAUAGUGCAAGAAUUCGAAAUGGCGUCUCAAGUGUCCGAGGAGGAAUGGGAAGCUAUAAGACCUACGAAAUCAGAAAGGACAAAGUAUCUUUUAGAUAAAAUGAAGAAAUACUUGAUGCAAUCGGGAUCGUGCGAUAACUGUACAAAAUGGAAAUUCGAAACGGGCGAGACUUGGGGUAGAGAAUACCAAGUCAUGGAAACAGAUGAGUCUGUAGCCCAAAUCCUUUCUGUGGGAACGUGGAGACCUAGCGAUGGAGCCACUCUUGUCGAUGAGCUCUUUCCCCACGUAACUCAAGGGUUUAGAAGAAAAACGUUGCCACUUGUUUCAUUUCAUAAUCCGCCUUGGCAAAUUUUGAAAACGAAUGCAUCGGGAGAUGUUGUGGAAUUCGGUGGGAUAGUGUUCAAAAUUAUAAAUGAACUCGCUAAAAAUCUAAAUUUUACCUAUGCAGUUGAAAUUAUAAAAAGUCACAAUCCUCCCAAUGUUUCUGCAACAAUUGCUUCCAGCUAUGGUCUUAAUGAAACAAGUUCCUUCAUGGACUUAAUAAAUAAUUCUGAAACUACUACUUUCAGGGUUCCUCAAGGUAUUUUAGAGCUAGUCCAUAAUAAGACAGUAGCAAUGGGAGCAUGCGCCUAUACUGUUACCGAAGACAAUAAGAAAAUUAUAAAUUUUACAGAUCCGAUCAGUAUACAGGCAUAUAAGUUUGUAGUUGCCAGACCCAAAGUAUUAAGCAGAGCGUUACUUUUUAUAUCACCAUUCAGAGGAGACACAUGGAUUUGCCUUUCAACCACGAUAAUAUCUAUGGGUCCAAUUUUAUUUUAUAUACACAAGUUAAGUCCGGUUUAUGAAUAUAAAGGUAUAAGGAGCAAAGGGGGCUUAGCUACAGUACAAAACUGCAUAUGGUACAUGUAUGGAGCUUUGCUUCAGCAAGGUGGAAUGCAUCUUCCCUAUGCAGAUAGUGCUCGAAUAAUUGUAGGUGCAUGGUGGUUAGUCGUUCUAGUAAUAGGAACGACAUAUUGCGGAAACCUGGUAGCUUACCUAACAUUUCCAAAAAAUGAAGCUCCUAUUACUACCCUGGAGGAUUUAAUAAAGCGAAGUGACACCAUUAGUUGGAGUUAUUCCAAAAAUUCGUUUUUUGAGGCACAGCUUAAGGUGAGUAAUGAUGAAACCUAUAUGAAAAUUUAUAAGGGCGCUAAAGAAAAACCAAAUAAGAGGAAUAUGAUAGCGGAAAUAAAAGCUGGACGGCAUGUUUACAUCGACUGGAAAAUUAAAUUACAAUAUAUGAUUAAACAGCAAUUUUUAGAGAGCGAUACGUGUGAUUUUGCUUUAGGAUCGGAAGAGUUCUCUGAUGAGCAAAUUGCUUUGAUUGUGGCUCCGCACACACCGUACCUAAGUCGAAUAAACCAAGAAAUAAAAAAGUUACAUCAAAUGGGACUAAUACAAAAAUGGCUGCAAGACUAUUUGCCUAAAAAAGACAAAUGCUGGAUGAAGAAGCGCAGUAUCGAAGUAAAUAAUCAUACGGUUAAUCUUGAUGAUAUGCAAGGCAGUUUUUUUGUUUUAUUUAUAGGUUGCUUCCUUUCAGCUUUGGUUGUAGGGAUUGAAAAGUGUUGGUGUAAAAAAGUAAAAGAUAAAAGGCAGAAAAAGGUGGUGCAGCCAUUUAUAUCGUAAUAUAAUAAAACAAUGAGAACUAUUUAAACUUGAAAUCAUUCCUAAGAAGAUGUAAAGAAAAUUGCUAAUUAAUGUGUGAGUACUAUAACGAGGGAUACAAACAAAUAAAAGCUUUAAAAUAAAAAUGUACGUUUUAUUUAUACC